GCUACAAAGUCCAUAGCGUCUCUAACUUUCAGCCUCUCUGCUGCAGAACUUUGGAAACGCUGUAGUGGCGUUCCUUAACGACGAGAAGGAAGGAAGGAAGAAGAGCAAAGAGAGAGAAAGAAGGGUCUGAAAUCCAGCGAUCUCCUCCUAUCAGAUGACAUACCUCUUUGUGUAGCAGAGUGUUUAGUCUUCCCUUCUUCCCGAAGUACAAGACAUCUCCAUCAUAUUUUGGAGUUAAAAGUUUGAGCAGAUUAUUCAUGGCUCCACUAAGUGAAGUACAAAGCAGCAAACCUCUUGGUCUAUGCUUCAUAGAAUACACGAGGAACACUUGUCUAAACCUCAGAACAUACCAGACCAUCGUGUUGAUCUUAACAUUUUUUGCUUAUGCUAGUUAUCAUGCUACUAGAAAAACCACAAGCAUUGUUAAAAGUGUGCUUGAUCCCAAAACAUCGGAAUUGGGCUUCUCUGCAUGGCCGAGGUCUUUUUUACUAAGAGCAGUUGAGGAUGAGCAAAGGAAUUCAGGUCUUGAGAGUGGUUGGGUUCCAUUUGAUAGUAAAGCUGGCACUGCCAUGCUUGGAGUGAUUGAUGUAGCUUUUCUCUCAGUAUAUGCUUUUGGCAUGUAUUUCACUGGGCAUCUGGGUGACCGUCUGGAUCUAAGAAUCCUCCUGACGGUGGGAAUGUUGGGGACUGGUGUGUUUACUUCCCUCUUUGGUGCUGGCUACUGGCUAAAUAUUCAUAGUUUUUACUAUUACUUGGUGGUUCAGAUGCUAGCUGGUAUGUUUCAGUCAACAGGCUGGCCAUCGGUGGUGGCAGUUGUUGGAAAUUGGUUUGGGAAGAGGAAAAGGGGGCUCAUUAUGGGGAUUUGGAAUGCACACACUUCGGUUGGGAAUAUCUCUGGUUCACUGAUUGCAUCUGUUUUGUUGAAGUAUGGGUGGGGCUGGUCCUUUGCUGUUCCUGGUCUUCUUAUCGGCCUUGUCGGGUUGACAGUGUUUUUGUUCUUGCCGGUUAGUCCUGAGGCUGUGGGGGUUGACAGAGAUGAUGAUCUGCUUAAGUCUUGUGAGAAGAGUGAUACUACAGAGCCUCUACUGGGGGAAGAAACAGAGGUCAGAGAAAAGGCUGUGGGAUUCUUGGAGGCAUGGAGAAUCCCUGGUGUUGCACCAUUUGCUCUUUGUCUUUUCUUCUGCAAAUUGGUGGCCUAUACCUUCCUCUACUGGUUGCCUUUCUACAUCAGCCAAACUGCUAUAGAUGGCCAAUAUUUAUCCGACUCAACCGCUGGAACUCUAUCAACACUUUUCGAUGUUGGAGGUGUGGUUGGUGGUAUCCUUGCUGGGCACAUUUCUGAUCACCUCGAUGCUCGUGCAAUCACUGCCGCGAGCUUCAUGUACUGUGCAAUACCUGCACUCUUAUUGUACCGCGUAUAUGGGAGCGUUUCACUCUUUUGGAACAUUACUCUCAUGUUCAUCUCUGGUAUGUUUGUGAAUGGUCCUUAUGCUCUAAUAACAACAGCAGUCUCAGCAGAUCUUGGCACACACAGCUCUCUGCAUGGGAAUUCUCGGGCAUUGGCAACGGUGACAGCUAUCAUCGAUGGCACAGGGUCUAUAGGAGCAGCGAUCGGGCCACUGCUCACAGGGUACAUCUCAGCCAAGAGCUGGAAUGGGGUGUUCACAAUGCUGAUGAUUGCAGCACUUAUUGCUGGGCUCCUCCUGACCAGACUUGUGAUGGCCGAGGUAGCUGCCAAGAUAAGGGCCCGAAGGUCACAGACAGCAACUAAUGUCCCGCACUCCUCGAGUGUGGGAUUGGAAAUAUGAUCAAUUAUUCAUCAUAAUGUUGGGAUUGGAACUGUGCAAUGGAAGCAGCAUACUUCUCAGCUUAUUUUCUGAAAUGUGAACUUUCCGUUGUAUGGUGUAUUGUAUUAAGAGUUGCGAUGGCUCUUGAAAAGCUUUGGUUCUUCAAAAACCUCUCUUGAUUGCUUUGGGUGGGAAUAAACUCCAUCCAUAUCUAGUGGUAACAUCAGCUGGCUCUUUUCCAGGUUGCAGGAGGUUCUUGGAGUUGGUUGAUUCAUCUUAUGUCAGCUAUUCCUUUGGGUGGAAAUGGGGAGGUCUCAAGCCUUUUAUGUUUGUUAGGAAGGAAGCUGAGCUUCUAACAAUGUUUAAAAAUAGUGAAGUUGGAAAAAACACUAUAUUAUUUGUCAUUGGGAGUUCAGGAGGGAUCCUCCAAUGCAUCCAUUCCAGUUUUCUGCCUCAGUUAGGAAAGUGAGGAAUGGAGCUGGGGUUCCAUUGUUGUGUAUAAUCUGUACAAGUGUUAUAAACUUCAUAUGCUGUUUGGCUAGGAACAGUAGACAGGCCCAUUCUAGUGAGCUAUUGGCAGCAUUUGUACAUCAUUGAAGGUUUAUAUGUUCAUCCCCAGCUGUUUUUUUAUGGGAAGUUCGUCUCCAUUCGUUA